AGUUCCCAUAACAACAACGUAACACGGGAAGUUGAGCACAUGUGGUCAAGCAAACUUCCGACGCACAGCUGACUGCGUUAAAUUCCCGGCUUAAAAUGCCCAGAUUUCGUGAGCGUCCAGGCCAAACAAACUGUCAUCCAGAAUCAGAAACAUCUCCUGAUCUGUGCAGCCUGAUAGCGAACAGAUACAUCAUCCAGCAGAGACUCGGGAAGGGAAGCUUCGGCACUGUGUAUCUUGUUAAAGACACAAAGGCAGUGGCGGAGGAGAGACUGAAGGUUCUGAAGGAGAUUCCUGUUGGAGAUCUGAAACCCAAUGAAACGGUCCAUGCCACUCAAGAGGCACAGCUUCUCUCUCAGCUCAGCCACCCAGCCAUCCUUAAAUUCUACAGCAGCUUCCUGGAGAGAGACGCCUUCUGUAUCAUCACUGAGUUUUGUGAGGACAAAGAUCUGGACUGUAAGCUGGAGGAGCUAAAACACACAGGCAAGACUUUGUCAGAGCCUCAGGUCUGCGAAUGGCUUUGUCAGCUUCUGUUGGGAGUACAUUACAUACAUCAGAGGAGAAUACUUCACAGAGAUCUAAAGGCCAAAAAUAUAUUUCUGAGGAAAAACAUUGUUAAGAUAGGUGACUUUGGUGUGUCCUGUUUUCUAAUGGGAUCAUGUGACCUGGCGACUACCUUCACUGGGACCCCAUACUACAUGAGCCCUGAAGCCCUGAGCCACAAAGGAUACGACUCUAAAUCGGACAUAUGGUCUUUAGGCUGUAUCCUCUAUGAGAUGUGCUGUUUGGCUCACGCUUUCGAGGCGCAGAACUUCUUGGCCGUGGUGCUGAGGAUUGUAGAGGGACCCACUCCAUCCCUGCCAGAAACAUACUCACGGCAGCUCAACUCCCUAAUGCAGAGUAUGUUAGAAAAGGAUUCUUCUCACAGGAUCUCGGCGGCAGAUGCUCUGAGAAACAGGUUCAUUGAGGAAAGCUUGCAGAGUAUGAAACACAAGUUCUCCAUCCUGUCACUGAGAGACAAGUCGAUUGGGGGAGAGAGAGAUGCAUCGCAGAUCCUGAGAGCACUGCAGAAGAAGGUGCAUCUGCAGACGCUUCAGGACAGAUCAGAGGUGCAGAAAAUGAGCCCCAGGGAACGAAUGCGGCUCCGGAAGCUCCAGGCAGCGGAUGAGAAGGCAAGAAAGCUGAAACAAAUUGUGGAAGAAAAAUAUCAAGAAAAUCAUCUCCGCAUGCAAGAGUACAAGUCCAAGAAUUUUCAUAAAAUCAGUGUGGAUUUUUUGAAGGUGCAACCUGAAGAAGCAGUUAACCAGACUCAAGUGAUUCAGAGUGAGUCACCGAAGGAAAACUCUGAAAUGACUGGAAACGUUUCUCAUCUCACUGAUAAGAUGUGCACGACUGUGUCAAAAGAGCAUGCAAUCCCAGAGGAUCCUCAGGCGGCAGAAGCAUUUUACUUUGUGGAUGAAUUCGAGUCAUGCUCGGAGGAAGAUUCAGAUGGAGAGGAGGACCCAGAGGAUAAUCUCCCUACAGACCCGUCCUGUCAGACAUGUGGACAGGACGGUGACCUGGAGGCCUUGAUCAGACACAUGGAGAACGUUCUGGUUGGAGAUUCAGAUGGAGCUGAAACAGAGAAUGAGAAGCCUCAGCUGGGUUUUCUGGGAGUCGGUAGCAUCAAUAUGUCCAUGGCUGAGGGCAGAAUCCAGCGGAUGAGAGAGUCUGUGUGUCGGAGGCUGGGUGAGGAGGUGUUCCUGAAGGUCUAUGAUUAUCUGAAGCAGGCCAGACAGAAGCAGGAGAGCGAGGAGAGCAUUAGACAGACUCUGAUAGAGCUGGUGGAGAAACCCAGCGACUGCUUUGAAGUAGAUCAACUUCUUUAUUAUGAAGAGAUUCUUCUGGCAGCGCAGGAAAACACUGUAAGAUAAGAAUGAAGCAGACGCACACACUAACACAAUGUGUCAAGAAUCAUACAGAUCUCUAUAUCUAUUUAUUUGAUCUGCCUGCGGUGUGGCUUUGUAUUAUGAGAACUCCACAACUAACACAAAAUACAAUGCAAUCAGGUUUGUUAAAAAUAUAGAGUAUAAAAAUAGGUUCAUGAGUUGAAAUCGAAAGGGCAGAAAUGUUGAAAUAUGUUUAUUUAUGUGUGUGGAUGAGUGAGAGCAUGGAUCACAAAACCUUAAGCACAAAGCAUAAAAAAAAAUAAAAAAUACGUUGCUUGGGUCAAAAUUACAGAUUUGAGUUUUUCCAGAUUUUCAAAUCAUUGUAUUUUGGACGAAUAUUUUCCUGUCCUAACAAACCAUCCAUCAAUGGAAAGCUUAUUUAUUGUAUAUAUCUCGGUUUUGGUUUUGCAGUCUGGGGUCAAAUAUACUGUAUAUCAUUGAAAAUUAAAUACACAUUUUUAUAAAUUUUAGCAUUUUUAACUAUAAUAUGAAAUAUAUUAAAUAAUAUGUAAAAUGUGUAAUUCAAAUCUACACUUGAUAGUAAUUAUGUGCAUAGUAAAGCUCAAAGUGUCUUCUUUCCAGUGAUACUUAAUUUUUGUUUGUAGCUCACUGAGGUCAAGAACUGUUAAGUAGGUGUAAAACUGCCAAAAGUGAGUGCUUGCAAUUCUGCAAUACACACUUAACCCUAACAUUUGUAGUGUGUCAUGAAAUUUUCUCAUGCUUUAAAGAGCUUCACUGCAUAUGUGUCACAUUUGUAAAUACAAAAAUAGAAAGAUGUAAAUUAGUGCUGAGCAAAGAUUAAACGCAAAUUAUCACAUA